AUGGCGAGCCGCCUUAGGUUCUGGAAUUUGGCGUUGAUCGCCGUGCUAUCUUUCACUUUCCUUCUAUUAGUACAGACGACGCGAUCGCGCGCAGGGCUGGCGACGACGACAAAAACAAAGAAGAGGAACUGGGAGCAAGAGAGAAACCUUCAAGGACGAGGAGUCACAUUUCUGACUUCGGCGGCGCCAUUGCAUCCUUUCAGUUUCAAGGCGCUCUCUGAUCGAACCUCAGCUUAUACCCUGGCCGAAUCCGUUGCGGCAAGAGUUCUAAGAAGCCUCAGGAGGCGAGAACACCGGGACUACUGGAUCGACGAUGACGAUGAUGACGAUGAAGAUGAGCGGGAAGAGAGGGAAGAAGACAGAUGGGAUGGCGAUUCGAAUGAUGAAGAGCGGGGUGGGAAGCAAUGGCGAGCGAGUACGACGUUUUCGCCUGCCGGUGUGACAGCGACAAAAACGGUUUCCGUAGUGCCACCCACCAUGACAGCAUGGCGUGACCCUUCGCUGGGAGCUCCGAUGUUGCCUUCACAGCAGGCUUCCGCCUCAUCAGCACCGUCGCUCCUCUCACCACCACCAGUCGACAUGCAAUCACCUGUCCCAGUCGCAGAUCCGCCCAUGUCCCCAAAGAGGGCUGCAGUUCUCGCGAGCCAGCUGGCAAUGGCGCGGCAACAGGCUCGAGAUUCGGCGCCGUUUCAAAGGCAAAUGCAAGCAACGGGACUUUCCUGGACCAUGCCGGUAAACGCCGAUGCCUUUCUCCCCGACCAAGAGGUACAAGUGGUCUGUACCGCACCCAGUGUCGGCGAGGCCCGAGCCUUCUUCGUCAUUCUCGACAGCGGACUCGUUCAGUCGUUUGGCAGGAAGCGGGGACUCAACGAUAUGCUCGUCUCGCCACCCUUUGUUCUCGCGCCAAAGGGAACCGAUCUGCGCUCCUCCGAUCCUGGUCCAAAUGUGCCGGCCUCGCCACAGCAAGACGAGACUUUGGCUCAUUCCGAGGUUGACGCGCACCGGCCUUUCUCUUGGUGGUUUGUGGCUGUGCCACUCGUUGUCAUCUUGGUCGUCAUGCUCCUCGUCAUUGUCGUCUUGGUCCACCGAUCAGGAAGGAAUUCAGCCCAGAAGGAUGGCGCCAUGAAAAUGAGUCGUGCCAGUGGAAGGGGAGUCGAGGACCUCGAGGCGGACCGCAGAUGGUGGCACUCGUCACUGCCGGCGACAGCAAUGAUCCAGGUCCCGCAGCCCGUCACUAGCUUGACUGGUGAUGACCGCGAACUAGGCGUCGCAUGGCGCCGCCGAUCAAGACCAGGUGUUUACUACCAGCAGUCGCCUUUGUCGUCCCAUUCUCCAAAGAGCUUCCCAAUACCGCAGCGAGCACGUCAGCACUGGAAAUCGCCAUCUUUUGCUUCGUCGACUCCAUGCCUCACCGCUCCUUUGUAUUUGUCGCCCAACAUUGGCCAAACCCCCGCAAGACACCACUCGACCAGAAGCCACAGAUCAGAAACAGAGUCAUAUCAUUCUGUGAGGUACGCCGACAGUGACGACGAUGACAUCGUCGAGGAGAAACCAUCCAGCGAGCACUUCAUCCCAUACGCUCGAGCAGAAAAGAGCUUGCCAGCGCUGCCGCCUCCGGUUCAUUCACCGUCAUCGCCCGAGUCGCGGACGUCCUCACCGCUGCCAGUGCCGCAAAUGCUGCUCCCGCGAAGUGCGAGCUUCUCCAGCGCUGGUCCGAGAAUCGACAUCACGGACAUGGGCUCGCUGUCGCUGCCCAACCCUCACUCGAGCGUCAAUGGCUCUUGA